AUGGAGGACCUAGGCUACAUGUGCUCACUGGAGAACCCUGGUCUUGAACCUUCACUUACAGUCUUGUCUGCUGCUGGUGGUGGACACGUAACGUCUCCUGCCCCUCCCCUGACAUCAUUUUAUGACACUCACACUGCCUUUUGUGCUGAAGAAGUGAAGCUGCAAGACAUAGAUAUGAGGCCAAGGCUUGAUUACUAUCCAUUUUGUGAACAAUCAGGCAUAGACCUUGAUGUACAUUCUAAGUUGGAAUCCAAAGAAAAACAUGAUUUGCAGUUUCUAACGAAUGGUGUGAUGUUCGAGAUCCGAAAAUAUGUUAGAAGAAACAUAAAAAAGAAGGCCUAUUCAUACUUUCUAUAUGACAUUUUGGAUUACAACUUUGAUAUGAGUUUCCACAAUGAGAAGCGGUAUUUCUUUACCAAACGAUUAGGGUUUGAUGUUAAACGACUGGCGAAAACAUAUUACCGUGACAUGGCAAGCAAUCCAAAUCAUGCAACUGACGUUUUUGCACUGUACUCAAAAAUGCCAAAAGAAAGAAAAAAAAAGGAGACAGUUAAUCAACCUGCAAGAAAGUCUGAGAGAAUUUCCAAGGAGAAGACCUGUCAAUUGAGCAGCUUUGAAAGGACCAACCCAUAUACAGAUGGAACUGCAGGUGUUGGCCAAAUGGAUGACCUAGGCUACAUGUGCUCACUGGAGAAUCCUGGUCUUGAACCUUCACUUACAAUCCUGUCUGCUGCUGGUGGAGGACAUGUAUCCUCUCCUGCCGCUCCCCUGACAUCAUCUUAUGACACUCAUACUGCCUUGUGUGCUGGAAAAGUGAAACUGAAAUACAAUAACAAUAUGAGUGUUGGCCAAAUGGAUGACCUAGGCUACAUGUGCUCACUGGAGAAUCCUGGUCUUGAAGCUUUGCUUACAGAGCAAGCCAAUGUGUCAUGA